UGGCCUUGUUUCCUUAGCACAAUUAACAUAGAAAUUGACUUGUGGUACGAGGUGAUUGACCAAAGAGCGACUACCGAUUAGUUUCUUCUUCGAGUGAGGAGUGAGGAGCGACGACUGAGAAACCGAGGCUCGAGGAGGUUUGGAUUUUGCUGCGAGUUUUCUUCAUCUCUCUGAGAUACUUGGAUGGGUAAGACAGUUCAAGUGUAUGGAUUCCCUUCUAGUGUGACCGCAGAUGCGGUUAAGAGUUUUCUGGAAUCACAUACAGGUGAAGGUACGAUUUACGCUAUUAAGAUAAGGGACACCAAGAAGGGUGGUCCAAGAAAAUAUGCUAUUGUUCAAUUCAUGACGGUUGAAGAUGCUGAACAUAUUAUCUUUUUGACUACUAAACGCCUCUGGUAUGGUACUUCAUAUCUUAAGGCUCGGCCCAUGGAUCUUGACAUUGUACCAAAACCCAGGACCUUUUUUCACAGUAUGGAACAUAUAACACUGCAUUUUGGAAAUCAGCUGUCAAAAGAAAAUUUUUAUGUUCUAUGGAAAGGGACAGAUGUUUUAGUGAAUUUUGGAUCAGGAAUGAGAAAGUUACACUUUUAUCUAUCUCAUCAUGGAGUGGAGUACAAGCUUGACCUUUCCUAUGAGAGCAUUUGGCAGAUAGAGCUACACCGUCCGCGUGGUCAAUCUGUGAAAUAUCUUGUAAUUCAGUUAUAUGGUGCACCCCGGAUUUUUGAGAAAGAUACACGCCCAUCAUGGAAUGUCUAUGAGGAUCCACUUUUCAACUUUUUUAAGGACACCUCAGAUGAUCAAUGGAUCAGAACAACUGAUUUUACUCCAUCAUGCCUUAUUGGGCAUUCAUCUGCAUUAUGUUUGGAGCUUCCUUCCAGUCUCCAAGUUCCAAAAUUUCAGGAUAACUUUGCUUACUAUAAAGAAAUUGAAGGAAAAUUUCUUUUACACAGUGGUUCUGCUUUUUCUCGCAAUCUGGAUCUAGUUCCCAUUGUUGGUCCUUCCGCAGGUUUUGAUAUACCAUAUGAAAUCUUAUUUCAGGUUAAUUUGUUGGUUCAGAAUGGGUGUCUUCCAGGGCCAGCACUUGAUGCCAAAUUUUACAAGUUGGUUGAUCCGAGUAGAGUCAGCAUUGUCUGCAUAGAGCAUGCUCUUGAGAAACUUCUUCACUUGAAAGAAUGUUGUUAUGAACCCUCUAGGUGGCUUAAUGAACAGUAUAUAAAAUAUCUUACAUCCAAGAACCAUACAAAAUCACCUUCUAUAUCCUUAGAUUCCGGUUUGGUAUAUGUGCGCAGGGUUCAAAUAACACCUUGUAAAGUUUAUUUUUGUGGUCCAGAGGUUAAUGUCUCAAACCGUGUGCUGCGCCACUACCCAGAAUAUAUUAGUAACUUUCUUCGCGUGUCUUUUGUUGAUGAAGAUUUAGAGAAAAUUCAUUCAACAGAUUUAUCUCCUCGAUCCUCUUCUGAAAAUGAGGAUAGGAGAACUCUUAUUUAUAAAAGGAUUCUCUCUACUCUCCAAAAUGGAAUAGUUAUUGGCAAGAAGAAGUUUGAGUUCCUUGCCUUUUCAUCUAGUCAGUUGCGGGAAAAUUCUUGCUGGAUGUUCGCUUCAAGAUAUGGACUCACUGCUGCAGAUAUAAGAGACUGGAUGGGCAACUUCCGUCAGAUACGAAAUGUGGCUAAAUAUGCUGCUAGACUAGGUCAGUCCUUCAGUUCAUCCACUGAAACCCUGAGUGUUAGUAGAGAUGAAAUUGAAAUUAUUCCUGAUAUAGAGAUUGAAAGGGGCAGAAUGAAAUAUGUAUUCUCUGAUGGAAUUGGGAAAAUAUCUGCUGAAUUUGCUAAGAGGGUGGCCUUGAAAUGCGGAUUGAAAGGUUUUUCUCCAUCUGCAUUUCAGAUUCGAUAUGGUGGGUACAAAGGAGUCGUGGCUGUUGAUCCAACUUCAUCAAAAAAGUUGUCUUUGAGAAAGAGCAUGUGCAAGUAUGAGUCUGAAAAUACAAAACUGGAUGUUUUGGCAUAUAGCAAGUAUCAGCCUUGUUUUAUAAAUCGCCAACUGAUUACCCUUCUGUCUACCCUUGGAGUUCCAGAUCAUAUUUUUGAGAAAAAACAAAGAGAAGCUGUUGAUCAACUUAAUGCUAUGUUAACAGAUCCAUUAAGGGCACACGAGGCACUGGAUUUAAUGUAUCCUGGAGAGAUUACUAACAUUCUCAAGGAAAUGCUGUUGUGUGGUUAUGAGCCAGAUGCUGAACCAUUCCUUUCAAUGAUGCUUCAAACAUUCCGGGCAUCAAAAUUGCUAGACUUGCGGAUGAAGACUAGGAUUUUUCUUCCAAAUGGAAGAUCUAUGAUGGGAUGUUUAGAUGAGACUAGAACUUUGGAAUAUGGACAGGUAUUUGUGCAAUUUUCUGGUGCUAGACACAUGCAGCUAUUUGAUUCUUCUUUCAUGUUUGGAGGUAAUAGAUCAGACCAGCGUUUUGUGAUCGAGGGUAAGGUGGUUGUAGCUAAGAAUCCAUGCUUGCACCCUGGUGAUGUUCGUGUUUUAAGGGCUGUGAAUGUACCAGCUUUGGACCACAUGGUGGAUUGUGUUGUCUUUCCGCAGAAAGGACAAAGACCUCAUCCCAAUGAAUGUUCUGGAAGUGAUUUGGAUGGAGAUAUCUACUUUGUCUGUUGGGAUCCUAAUUUAAUUCCAAGUCGGCUAAUCCCACCAAUGGACUAUACACCAGAGCCAACUGUGCAACUGGAUCAUGAUGUUACUAUUGAGGAAGUUGAGGAGUAUUUCACCAACUACAUUGUAAAUGACAGUUUGGGAAUAAUUGCUAAUGCUCACACCGUCUUUGCUGAUAUGGAACCUGACAAAGCAAUGAGUGCUUCAUGUAUAGAGCUUGCACAUAAGUUUUCAAUUGCAGUUGACUUCCCAAAAACUGGAGUACCUGCUGAAAUACCUUCCCAUCUACAUGUCAAAGAAUAUCCUGAUUUUAUGGAAAAGCCUGACAAACCUAUGUAUGUAUCAGAGAAGGUUAUCGGAAAGCUUUUUCGGGAAGUGAGAGACAUGGCACCACAUACAAGUUCUAUCAAGUCCUUUACUUUGGAAGUGGCUAGGCGGUGUUAUGACCCUGAUAUGGAAGUUGAUGGCUUUGAGGAUUACGUAGAUGAUGCCUUUUAUUUCAAAAGCAGUUAUGACUUUAAGUUGGGCAAUCUCAUGGACUAUUAUGGAAUCAGAACAGAGGCUGAAAUUCUCAGUGGAAACAUUUUGAAAAUGUCAAAAAGUUUCACCAAGAGAAGGGAUGCAGAAGCAAUUGGAAUGGCGGUGAGGUCCUUGAGGAAAGAAGCUAGGUCCUGGUUUAAUGAAAAGGGAAGUGGAGUAGAUUCUGAAGCUGAUGAUGUAUACGCAAAAGCCUCAGCUUGGUACUAUGUUACCUAUCAUCCUACUUAUUGGGGUUGCUACAAUGAGGGAAUGCAACGAGAUCAUUUUCUUAGCUUUCCAUGGUGUGUUUAUGACAAACUGAUCCAAAUCAAGAGGAACAAUGCAAGUGUUAGAAGGUCUCUAAAUUUAUCGUCUCUGGAACGCCAGUUUAGUCUUGGACUGCAGUUGAGUUGACAAGUCUUGAAUGUGUAUAUGCGUGGCAGAUGUCAUUGUGCGGCCGCAGCUUGUAUAUAUUCAGUUUGCUAGGGAUUAAUUGAACUCACUUUAAGAGCUAUCAGCGGGGUCUUUGUAACAGGCCAAUCACAGUUCAAGGGGAGCAAAUGAAGGAUAAAAGGUCUUUCUUGCAUUUAUCUUCUCUACAUUGCCUGUUCAGCUAUGGCCUGCUUUUGGGUUGUUGAUCGAAAAUUCAUCUGGAAAAAGGUCAUGUACUGCAAAAAAGACUAUUUAUGAAUCUAUGAACGGUGUAUCUAAUUUAAGUUUUUAUUUUAUA